GUGAAGAGAAAGAGAUCUGUCCAGGUGUUGUUGAUUUUAGCAUGGGAUUCAGGCUCUGCGUGCUCCUCAAUAUAAUCGUGUAAUCUGACAGCCAGUGAUGAUGCCGGAUAGCCUGAUGAUCCGGUGAUGGACAGCUCCUCGACUGAGCAAGAAAGAAUCUGUUUGAAACAAAAUGAGGGUUUUUGAGGAAUGGAAUAGAUAGGAUGACAAAUUCAUCCCAGCUGUCAAUAUAAGCGCCAACAACAAAUCAUCUGAUCUCUUCAAUCUACCUCUGACAAGAUCAGCCAUCAAUAACCCAUCGACUCAGGCUGAUCACAAAGAUUCCUUUGUGAGUCUUAUAAGAUCCACUUUCAAAGUCAACACCUCUUACACAUAACUCAUUAUAUUGUUGCAGGGAAAAGCCCGCAGCCAAUCCGUUGGCUGACGGGUUAGGAGUAGGAGGAGGAGCUUCGAUUCCCAUCAGGAGUGUUGUGAGGUUAGUGGCGAGCAUUCUGCUGGGACCGGAUGCAGAACAUCUUCGAGCAGAACUUGGACAUGGCCACGGCUCUGCUUGCGGGUGAGAAGCUGAAGGAGUUGAUCCUGCCAGGUUCCACACAGGAUGAGAAAGGCGGGGUUCUCGCAGGUCUCAUGGUGCAACUCAAACUAGAGUUGCCCUUUGACCGGGUCGUCACCAUAGGGACUGUCAUCAUCCCUAUUCUGCUGGUUACAUUAGUUUUCACACGGAACUUUGCAGAGGAAUCUAUAUAUUGCUACACCCCACACAACUUCACCCGAGACCAGGCUCUGUAUGCCAGAGGUUACUGCUGGACAGAGCUUCGGGAUGCUGUUCCUGGUGUCGACCCCGAUCUUCGGCCCUCCCUGUUCGAGCACAAGUUUCUGCCCUACGCUCUGCUGGCCUUCGCAGGCAUCAUGUACAUACCUGCCCUUGGAUGGGAGUUCCUGGCCUCCACUCGUCUCACCUCCGAGCUCAACUUCCUCCUACAAGAGAUCGACAACUGCUACCACAGGGCGGCCGAGGGCAGAGCGCCUAAGAUUGAAAAGCAGAUCCAGUCUAAGGGGCCGGGGAUUACAGAACGUGAGCGACGGGAGAUCAUCGAGAAUGCAGAGAAGGAGAAGAGCCCAGAGCAGAACCUGUUUGAAAAGUAUCUUGAGCGCAGAGGGCAGAGUAACUUUCUGGCGAAGCUGUACCUGGGGCGACAUUUAGCCAUCGUCUGCCUCAGCUCAAUGCCCAUUACUUACCUGAGCACCUACUACGCCCGUCAGCGGCAGAACGAGUUCACUUGCGCGCUUGGCGAGCCGCCGGACACUAGCAGCAUCCCUGAACUGCGACUGAAUGUCAACUGCAAGCUACCAGCCGUGCAGCUCCAGCGAAUUAUGGCCGCCGUGGACAUCUCUUUGCUGUGUACUAUGAACCUCAUUAUCCUUGUGAACUUGCUGCAUUUGUUUGUAGUACGCAAGUCCAAUUUCGUUUUCGACAAGCUGCACAAAGUUGGCAUUAAAACACGUCGGCGCUGGCAGAAGUCACAGUUUUGCGACAUUAACAUUCUGGCUAUGUUCUGUAAUGAGAACAGAGACCACAUUAAGUCUCUCAACAGACUGGACUUUAUUACAAAUGAGAGUGACCUCAUGUAUGACAAUGUGGUGCGGCAGCUGCUGGCAGCAUUGGCUCAAUCCAAUCACGACGCCACUCCGACUAUGAGAGACUCUGGUAUCCAGACUAUUGACCCCAGUAUGGACCCGUCAGUGCUCGGUGUGGGAGAGCUGGGAGGAGAGCCCUCAGUAAUCAAAAGACCCCGCAAGAAGAUGAAGUGGAUCCCCUCAUCUAACCCUUUGCCACAGUCUUUUAAAGAACCCUUGACUCUAACCAGACUGGAUAAUAGUAUUAAGGCAGAUAAACCUAAACCAGUCCGGAGGAAGAAUGUACCAGAUAGCAUUAUGGCUCCACUUCUGGACAGCAAGAGCACACAACAUCCUCCUACAAGCAUAACUACAGAAACAUACAAUUUAGAGAAGAAACACUCUCUUAACCUCACGUUGGAUGUUCAUCCCUACAUGCUAACCAUCCAGAAAGCGAAACCAGAGACAGUCAACCCUGAGCCAGUCCCUGUUGAGCACUCCCUCAGUAAUGUGUAUAUUGAGGGUCCACAUGCAGUUGUCCACGUCUCCUCUUCUCUUUCUGAGAAGAAAGAGUCUCCUCCACUGUCCACCACCACUACCUUCUCUACAGCCACUCUCUCCACAACAUCAUAUAUGAAUGGUGGAACGACCAGCGUGCCUCCUCCAGACUCCCCAAAGGAUCCUCUCAACCAUGGGGCAGAGCCGGAGAGCCAGUCCGGGCCUUUUAGUCGAAACCCCUCACACCCGCUGCUGAGCAUUCAUCACACCUUGUAUGAAGAGGACGAGGAGGAGCAAAACAGAAGGGAUAGACUAGCCAGACCAGUUUUGUCGAUGGUGGUCUCCAGUUCAGCCUGAUCUGCCGAGGUGGUCACCGUUUCCAUUUGCUCCACUGUGGUGGUCUCUAGCUCUACCCUAUCUGCUGUGGUGGUCACCAGCUUCGCCUGCCCCGACUUGGUGGUCUCCGGCUCCGCCCUGGCCCCCUGCUCUGCUGUCUCCUCCCUGGCUCUCUGACCCUCCUCAGUCUCCAGUACCUCCACACUGGACUGGCCCUCCAUCCCUCUCCCUGAUCUGCCUCUGCUCCAGCACUCUUGUUUGUUGUUUUUCAUGUUAUGGGAGCAUCUGGAAUACGUUCCUUAAGGGGGUGCUCUGUUGCGUAUUCCCUGCUGGCCUUGUGUUUCAUGUUUUUUUUGGUGAUGGGACUUUUAGUUUUCAUUUUUGUAGCCCUUUUUAGUUUUUCUAUUUGAUUGGUUCUGUGAUUAUUCCCAGGUGUGUCUUCUUUGCCUAUUAUUAGCCAUCUAGUAUUUAAAACCAAAUGUUUCUUGUGUUCCUUGUUGAGUCUUGUCAUUAAAUUGAUGUUUUGUUUGUGUCCUUCUGUUUCCCUAGUUUUCUUGUCUUAUUCUGUUUGGUAAAAUAAUUGGAUUUGGAUCCAGCUGUCCUUUUGAAUUCACCCUGCAUUAAAUGCCUUCUGAAUGGAUUUUUCCACAAAUGGCUGUUGCCAGAAGCGAGUGAUUACGGUUUAUAAAAUUUAAAAUAUGGCUAUAUGCCUUACAAAAAACCCAUUGCUUCGCUUCAGACGGGAUUUAUUAACUCACUGGAGUGGAAUGGAUAACUUUUAUUAUGGAAGGAUGUGCUUUUUGGAGCUUCCAAACUGUAAACUGUAACAUUACUUCUUGUAAGUGCCAUUACAAAACUGGGAAGAGCCAGGAUAUUAUUUAAUAUAACUCAGAUUAUGUUCAGCUGAAAGAAGAAAGUCAUAAACACCUAUGGCUUGAGGGUGAGGGAUAUUUUUUUAUUCCCAUUAAUUCCUAUUCCCUUAAUAUCUACCUCUGAUAUGA